AUGACAACAUGUGUAACAGUGCCUGUCACGUUGUUGCAAAUGUGCAACAACGUUAAAGAAACCAAGCAAUUACACACCCAGUUUGUGGUGUCAGGAUUGAUCAAACGUAAGAUUAAUACAACGAGGUUAAUCGAAUCAUAUUCUGCAUGUGGCGAAAUCAAUGACGCUUUGUCUCUGUUUGAGAAAGUCCGUUUUCCAGAUGUAUAUGCCUACAACAUGAUUAUCAGAUGCUUAACGUUAGUUAAUCGCCAGCAUGAAUCACUUUUAUUUUACAAAAAACUCUUAGAGGAAACCCUAACACCCGACAACCACACAUACACUUAUGUUCUAAAAGCUUGUUCCCACUUAAAAGCCCUUUCGGAAGGUAAACAACUACAUGCGCGAAUCAUCAAAGAUGGAAUAAAACCCGACACUUAUAUCCACAGCUCGAUGAUAAAAAUGUACGCGAAUUCAGGUGACACCGAGUCGUCUGAACGCGUUCUUGCCCAGUUCCCCGACGAAAACGUGUCCGCAAAGAAUUCCAUGAUCACCAGCUACAUGAACCUGGGAGAAAUUAAGUUCGCCCGCCAACUGUUCGAUAAAAUGUCUACAAGAAAUUCUGCAACUUGGAGCGCAAUGAUAACAGGGUACACCCGAAACGGUAUGCACGAGAACGCGUUAGCCGUCUUUCAAGAAAUGGUAGCGUGUAAGAUUCCAAUGAACGAGUCGAGUCUUGUGAGCGCGCUUUCUGCAUGCGGGCGUUCGGGAGCACUUGAUCAGGGUCGAUGGAUACAUGGUUAUAUCAACCGGACGUGGGGGGAUAUUAGCGUUAAUCUUGGAACGUCGAUUGUUGACAUGUAUGCGGGGUGCGGAUGUAUUGAUUUUGCUUAUGAAGUCUUCAAAAACAUGUCGUCAAAAGACGUUGUGGCGUAUGGAGUUAUGAUUUCAGGGUUUGCGAAACACGGGUUGGCUCACAAAUGCUUCCAACUUUUUGAUGAAAUGGUUGAUAAUGGAAUACAACCGAAUGGAGUUAUAUUUGUAGCCAUACUCACCGCAUGUUCUCAUGGGGGAUAUGUAGACUUGGGUCAAUCAUAUUUCAACCAAAUGACAAGUUUAUAUAAUAUUACACCAUCGGUUCACCAUUACGGGUGCAUGGUUGAUCUUUUGGGGCGUGCGGGUAGGCUAGAUGAGGCGGAAGAGGUCAUAUCUACAAUGGUGGAAGAGCCAAAUGUGGUUAUUUGGGGUGCGUUGCUUGCGGCUUGUAGAAUCCAUAAAGAUUUUAAGCGCAGGGAAUUGGCUUUUAAGCAGAUAGUGGCGUUGGAGCCAUGGUCUGGUGAGCGGUAUAAGCUAGCAAGUCACGUGUUUGCAGACACUGAAGAAGAACAAGAACGCGUACAUAAAUUGAGAAAACAACUUUCGGAUAGAAAUUUAGAGACAAGGCGAGGGUCGAGCUUGAUUGAGGUUGAGGGGGAGGUUCAUGAAUUUGUGGCAAGUGAUAUCGAUCAUGGAAUGUAUCAAGAUAUAUAUGGUUUGUUUGAGGGAUGA